UGGAAGGACUGACUUGGAGUCCGUGAGCUUUUUAAAGAAAUCAUUGGAGAUCCCUGAGAGGCGUGUGUGUGGAGGCGUGUAUGUGUGUGUUUGCAUGAAACCGUAAGACAUUACGUCCACAAGGCAAUUCUACAGCUGCCAGUCUCUCAUCAAGUGUUUGUGCUAACAGGAAUAAUGCUGGAACAUUGCCUCACAUUUGGUCGCUCCCUUGUGAGGAGGAAGAAUGUGGACCAGGACUGUCUGGAAGAAUCCAAGCUGUGCCGCUGCCUCUCCACUGUUGAUCUGAUUGCCCUCGGGGUGGGAAGUACACUUGGGGCCGGUGUCUAUGUGCUUGCAGGGGAGGUGGCCAAAAGCAGUUCUGGCCCCAGCAUUGUGGUGUCUUUCCUCAUCGCUGCUCUCGCAUCUGUGAUGGCCGGCCUGUGUUAUGCCGAGUUUGGUGCGCGGGUGCCCAAGACGGGCUCAGCCUAUCUGUACAGCUAUGUGACCGUGGGGGAGAAAUCAAGAAUCAAAAGAUCAUUUUCCAACCUAAACUAAUAUUCUGUUGGGACAGGGACCUCUAGUGUGGCGCGUGCAUGGAGUGGGACGUUUGAUGAGCUUAUAGGGGGCCACAUUGAAAAGUUCUGCAAAAUGUACUUCAAAAUGAGUUUGCCUGGCCUAGCGGAGUACCCUGAUUUCUUUGCUGUCUGCCUGAUUUUACUACUUUCAGGUAAAACCUCCUUUUGAAAGAAAGAAUCAGCUUGGGUAAACAAAAUCUUCACAGCUGUAAACGUACUCGUGCUGAUGUUUGUAAUCAUUUCUGGAUUUGUCAAAGGAGACUCGCUCAAUUGGAAUAUAUCAGAGGAAUCUCUCAUAAAUGUUACCAUUGUCACAAGGAAUCUCUCACACACUGCUAAUGUCACCAGCGAUUAUGGGGCAGGGGGAUUUUUGCCUUAUGGCUUUGGCGGGACACUGGCUGGUGCAGCCACAUGCUUUUAUGCCUUUGUGGGAUUUGACUGCAUUGCAACCACAGGUGAGGAGGUGAAGAAUCCCCAGAAGGCCAUUCCCAUUGGAAUAGUUGUUUCCCUACUGGUAUGUUUCCUUGCCUACUUUGGUGUUUCAGCCGCCCUCACCCUCAUGAUGCCCUACUACCUGCUGGAUGAGAAGAGUCCCCUGCCUAUGGCUUUUGAAUAUGUGGGCUGGGGACCUGCGAAAUAUGUUGUAGCGGCAGGAUCACUCUGUGCUUUAUCAACCAGCCUGUUGGGCUCUAUGUUCCCUCUUCCCCGCAUUCUGUUUGCCAUGGCACGAGAUGGCGUGCUAUUCAGAUUUCUUUCCAAAGUGAAUAAGCAUCAGUCGCCAGUGGCUGCCACUAUGGCAGCGGGCACUACCGCGGCUAUCAUGGCUUUCCUGUUUGACUUGAAAGCGCUGGUGGACAUGAUGUCUAUCGGAACCUUGCUGGCAUACUCUUUGGUGGCUGCUUGUGUUCUAAUCCUUAGGUAUCAGCCAGAAUCUACGUUUGAGAGCUCUAGGAUCAAUGAAGGCAAGGAAAAGGUCGGUGAGUCUGAACUGACAGAGUCUGAGUCUCACCUGAACAUGCUGAAGGAAGGAAGCAUAACCCUGCGCUCUCUGCUCAACCCUCCACUGCUGCCCACUGAACAGACCUCCACUGCCGUCAACGUGUCUGUUAUUAUCAUAGUGUUUGUUGUGUGUGUUAUUAGCUCACUCAACACAUACUACGGACAGGCAAUUAUUGCUUUGGAGCCUUGGGCCCUGGGGGUCUUGGGUGCAUCUUUGUUCAUCUUCAUCAUGUGCAUCCUUCUGGUUUGCAGACAACCUCAGACAAGGAAGAAAGUUUCCUUCAUGGUUCCUCUGUUGCCCUUUCUACCCAUUUUGAGUAUAUUUGUCAAUGUGUAUCUCAUGGUUCAGCUCAGCGGAGACACGUGGAUCCGUUUCUCCAUCUGGAUGGCCAUAGGUUUCCUCAUCUAUUUUGGAUAUGGAAUGUGGCAUAGCGAUGAACGUAAGAGGCAUCUAAAGAACUGUACUGUUGCGACAGAGAAAAAGACACUGACAGAAAAUGAAGGCACUGUGGAAUAUGUGACGCACACAGAGAAGACUAGCCCAUGUUAAAGAGUGACAGAUAAACUAUAAUAGUAACUAGCUGUUAUCCACGGCAUUCACCAACCUGCUGACAGACCUGAACUCUGUGUAUUCAGCUCUGCCUUUACAGUCAAUGCCAUCAUGAACAAUCACUGUAACACCUCUCAGUGCUGAUGCUCUCAUCUGUGACGUGAUAGCAGGACGUUAGGGGUGUGCGAUCUGGCAAUAGAAAUUCAAUGCAUUGAUUAUGGAAUUGAUUCUAUACCCAAUAUAAACUGAUAUUUGUGACUUUGGAUAUAAAACAUACAUAAUUAUGAAUAGUAGCAAAAUAACUUAACAUGAAUAGUGACCAAGUUAUGUGAAAAAGAAAGAUCUCUUACUUUUUUUUAAAUUUGACAUUUUAUUAAUUUUCUUUAAUAAAUCAUUAGAAUAGCAUUGAAUUGUUGUGAGAGCAAAUAUUUUCAUCCCUGUAAGACAUACCUCUGUGUUUUAAGCAAUUUGCUUUUUAAAUGUGUUUUGAAGAAAAAGGGAUAGCAAAAGUUUUUUUUGUUUGUUUUUUUUUGCAUGAAAGUAUUAAGAUUUCCACAGACAGUAUCCGAAAAUUACUUCCACUGUUAAAAAAAGAAAGAAAGAAAGAAAAAAGAAAACAAAACAUUUUAUAGCAUAUAUACCUAGUUUUAAAGGUAUGGGACACAUGUGGUAAAGUGGCAUUAUUAAAUAAUGUGGAACACCAGAAGAAAUAUUGGUAAAGCCAUGAUAAUGGUGAAUGUCCAGCUUCACAGCAUGUCUACAUGUUUGACUGUCUUGUUAAAGUGUUACAUUUUAAGAUUUAGAAUUAAUUCUUUUAACUUACUGUAUGUGCCUGAGAUGUAAAGCUGUCUGGAUAACACUAUUUCAUGUUUUCUUGCAUUCUGAUAAACACAAUUUUUUAUCUUAAUCUAUGUUACAUGUGUUGUGUAAUUAUCGCUGAAUGUUUGACAGGGAUAUCUUACAAUGUACAGUAUUCAUCUGUUGUUUAACAACCAGAAGGUCUGAUGAUGUUGAAAAGGAGCAAGUAUGUAUGUAUGUUUUGUCUUGUAAACUUACCUUUUUUCACUUUAUUUACUUUCUAGAUUUUUUACUCUACAAUUAAGUAAUCCGUAAUUUUCAGAAACGUUAUGAUGAAUAAUCAACAAUCUACACUACAUAGUUCACUGCAGUCACUCAAUGCAUGACAAUAUGUUUAAUCCAGCUAACAAAGUGAUGCAAGCAGUGGUCUUCAAGUCUUUCUCUGUAUUAAAUACUCAAUUUUGUGUUGUAGAUUGCAGUGUAAAUGAAUCAUUGAAAGGCUAAAAUUGUGGAACAACCAUUAAUAACAAUGUGUUAGUGUCUCAUUAAGUAAUGCACAUCAGCUUCCAUUUAAAGCCUUUGUAUCAUUGUAUCUUAUCAUUAUAAUUAGUUUAUUAAUAUUGUACGUAAUGUGUGGAUUAUGCCAUUGUCAAAACAUUGCAAAGUGGUUUCAUACAAAACAUUAAAAUAUUUCUCCCUUUUCAACAAA